GUCUGCAACAUUGUAGGUGUGUGAAGUCGUCAUGAACAAAGCAUCUACGAGAAUGAUGUCUCGCGGCAGAGAAACGGCGGCACGUCGAUUCCUUCAAAGUCCCAUGGCGCAACGCGGGCAAGUAUUGCCGAGCAACAUCGCGUUACCUUGAACAAGGCCCCAUCACAACGCCAAUUUACCCAAUGCCACCUAAACCACCCAUCCGCCUUGCUGCGAAACCUGCUCCACCGAAAUCAUUCGCGAAGCCCUCUAUACCGAGUAGACCCGCCAACCCCGCCCCGCGCACUCCACUCCCAUCAAAGCCCACCCCAGCAACACCAUCUCGCACCGCACCUCCCCCACCACCACCACCCCGAUGGCAUGAAACCCCACGCGCCCGCACCGGCGGCCGCUACCUAAAAUGGGGCACAAACGGUAUUGUAGCCACCUGCGCGCUCCUCUGGAUCCGCGACCACUUCAUUGAAAUCCAGCACGUGCGCGGCUCCUCCAUGGCACCCACACUCAGUCCCGGCGCACACGAGACAGGCCGAGAAGAUUACGUCAUCGUGCGACCAUAUCAGGAGCGAAGUAGUAGUAAAAAAGGGAAUGUGAAGGAAGGGGAGCGAGAGGAUAUCUGGGGCGUGAAAAGAGGAGAUGUAGUAACGUUCUGGAAACCGCAUAAACCGGGGGAAAUGGGGAUAAAACGCGUUGUGGCUGUUGAAGGAGACACUGUAUAUCCUACACGGGGGUAUGCGCUUGAUCCGCAGUCUUACAAGAAUAGGUUGAAAGGUGUACCGGACGGACUACCUGACCACGACGAGGCUAGCAUUGCAGCUAGAGAUGAGGAUGAGGUGGGUAAGGUUGUUGUGCCGUAUGGACAUGUGUGGAUUGAAGGGGAUAACUGGCGGAAGAGUUUGGAUAGUAAUGAUUUUGGGCCGAUUAGCAAAGCGCUGAUUCAGGGGAAAGCGGUGAGGAUUUGGAGGGACUGGUGGGGGUUGAGGGAGGUGGGGGAUGAGAGGGUGAGGGGUGAGAAGGGGUGUAGGAGCCGGGUUGUUGAGGGGAGGAGUGAGGUUCCUGCGGUGUUUUUGGAUGGGUGAUGAAUCUGGUUGAU